GAGCGAUUCCAAACACAUCAAAUCAACCGCGGGCCGCAGUCCAUUCGAUGAUGCGUCACUUUUAUCUCUCUUUGUCGCCAACAGAAGAAGGUCGCUGUUCGCUCCGGCUUUGCGUUUUCGAUGCCGCGGAGGGGUGCAAAUGCGGAGGACUUUAUUUUGGCCUAUAAAUACCCCGACGUCAUUUAUUUCUCCGCCCCCUUUCGACUCCAUUGUUCCGUUCCGAUCGAUUCCUCGGUGCCAUCCUCCUCAUGUGCUCUACCCGUCUCGUCCUCCUCGGGUUUCAUCAAACCCUAAGCAUCUCCGCUUCGCCCGCGUCGACGAGAGGGCGGAUUUCUUCUGCCAGCUUCCCAUCCAUCUUUCCUCGACGUGGAUUCAGAUUCGAUGGGCAGAGGUGCAGGCUACGACGGUCAUUCGUUCCGUUUGCUUUCUCUUUUGAUGAGGAUUCGGGCCUUCCCACGCUUAUGGAAGACAGCAACGGGGCUUCGGGGGGGAAUUCGUCGUAUCCUUCAAGCGAGGACGAAGACAGCGACGCAGACCUUAUUGUUCAACCUACCGCUGAUGUCGAAUUGAGAUCGAACAAGGAACGUUUUGAAACUCCCGAUUCUUCUAUAACUGUGGCCGCCCACCGUUUUGCAACCCUUCGAGGGCGGAGGAAGAAAAGAACACAAAAGGGAAUUUUAAUCAGCAUGAGUUUGGUAGCCUUCCUGCUUGUGUUCCUUUUAUUCUUUGAUUGGUGUUCAUGGCGGAUUGUGAGGAUGCCCUUGGAGCCAUUUUUCUUAACACACCCUUUCACACUAUCAGCAGCUUUGUCAGCAUUUGCUGGAUUUAUUUUUGUCCCUAUCGUUGAUAGCAUGAGGAUUCAUCAGGUCCUUAGGAAGGAAGGGCCAGCUUCUCAUACGUCUAAAAGGGGAACCCCAACAAUGGGUGGGUUAUUUUUCGUACCUAUCGGUAUCAUUGUUGCUAGUAUCAAAGCUGGUGAAAGGUCUACUGCUGUUUCUGGAGCAGCAGUCGCCACUAUUGCAUUUGCAGCAAUUGGAUUGCUUGAUGAUCUUCUAAGUUGUAUUAAGAGUCAUAAUUAUGGCUUGCCAGGCUGGGCAAAAUUAGGUUUGCAGGUAAUUGCUGCAACAUGGUUUUCCUUUUGGUUGGACUCGGCACAUAUAUCAACACCAUACAACAUGAAAUUUUUGGUUCCUCUUCCUCCUCCAAUGGGAAUAAUGUAUCUGGGGAAGUUCUAUCCAGUAUUGACGGUAUUCUGUUUUGCCUCAAUGACCAAUGGUGUUAACUUGACUGAUGGACUCGAUGGCUUGGCUGGCGGGUGCGCUGCAUUGGCCUUUAUAGGGAUGUCUGUAGCUGUCCUUGCAAUAUGUCCUGAUCUUGCAGUUUUUGGAUCUUCAAUGGCUGGAGCCUGUGUAGGAUUUCUAUUUCAUAACAGAUACAAGGCUUCCGUUUUUAUGGGAGACACUGGAUCUUUGGCACUGGGCGGUGCAUUAGCUGCAAUGGCUGCUUUGUCAGGAAUGUUCUUUCCGUUAUUCAUAGCUUCUGGUACCUUUUUGGUGGAAGUUCUAUCAGUCAUAGUGCAGGUUCUCUUCAAGAAGGCCACAGAAGUCUUGUAUGGGACUAGAAGGCGCAUCUUUCUGAUGGCACCUAUCCACCAUCACUUUGAAUUGUGUGGAAUUACAGAACCAAUAAUUGUUGCCGGUGCAUAUGUGUUAUCAUUCAUCUUGGCAAUUUUUGCUGGAUAUGUUGGAUUAUUUUCAGCUUGAAGUGCAAAUUUUUCUUCACGUA